AUGUGUCCGCAGGUGGCGCUCGUCGACGUCACUUACGCUCUCGGUCUUCGGCCCGACGGGAUCGUGGGUCACUCGCUGGGAGAGAUCGCCAGUGGGUACGCCGACGGGGGCCUCACCGCAGAGCAGGCCAUGCUGUGCGCCUACUGGCGCGGCCGAUGCACCGACGUAGGAAAUCUCCCGAGAGGAGCCAUGGCCGCUGUCGGGUUGACAUGGGAAGAAGCGAAAAGGCGUGACCGCAAUGGUGUGGAAGCUGCAUGCCACAACGCCGAGGAUUCCGUGACCAUGUCCGGACCGGAGGACGCCAUUUUCGACCUGGUGAAGGAGCUGCAACAAGAGAAAUUGUUCGCUCGCGUUGUGAACACCAUGAAUGUGGCCUUCCACAGCACUCAUAUGCGGCGCGUAGGACCUGCGCUGCUCAAUGAGUACAAACAGGUGAGUGAUGAAGGAGCAGUGCCCAAGGCAGCUGCCGUUAGAAUCCACAGUAAACGGAGUUUUGAUACGGACAAAGAAUGUGUCGCAAUCUUGACCAACGGCCUCUGCCGUGGAGUGGUGCUGGAUCCAAAGCCCCGUGGAAAGAAUUGGGUGAGCUCCUCCGUUCCGGAGAGCCGCUGGAAGGAGCCCAUCGCUCAGCACUGCUCGCCCGAGUAUUUCGUCAACAACCUCGUCUCACCCGUGCUCUUCUGCGAGGCCCUCCGACAUGUGCCUGGAGACGCCAUUGUGGUCGAGAUCGCGCCUCAUUGCCUUCUGCUGUUCAUUCCCCACACUUUUCUGUGCGAAUUUAAAAACGAAACUGAAUACCGAUGGCCUCCGGGAACUCCGCGAAUGCCGUUUAAGCAACCAACUAUCCGCAGUCGAUUCUGCGCCGUGCUCUGGGCUCUGGGGCCUCCUGCGUUGGCCUGA